AUGGCCUCUUUAAUUGCAGCAGCACUGGCGCUGAGGGCCGCUGCGGGCCGAACUGGUACUGGGCCUCUUGCAGCAACACACGGGCACUCCUCAACGGAGCAGACAGAGAAGCAGCUGCCGCAGCAGCAGCAGCAGCAGCCGCAGCCACAGGCACGACAGAGGCCACGGCACCAACGCGGCGAACAAGAGCAUCAGGGGCAGAGCAAAAAGAAAAGGCGACGGCUCAAUCAGCAGCAACAAGAAAAAUCACAGCAGCAAAGCCAGCUGCAGAAGGAGCAGCAACAACGAAAGCAACACCAACAACAUCACAAACAAAAGCAGCAGCAGGAACAGAAGUACCGACAGAAGCAGCAGCAUCCGCAACAGCAGGCACUCCAGCAAGAGGCAGUCGACACCGCUGCAGCACAUGGAUUGAAACGUUCCGCAGGUUACGGCGACAGUGGAAAGCGGAAAAAACGCAAAGGACGAGGGGCCCCACGGGCUGAAGGUGCUGUUUCCGGCACCCCAGCUGAUGUGGAGCAUGCACAGAAUGUGCAUGCAGUAGCGAGAGUGCAGCAACAGCAGCAGAAUAGCCACAUAGAUCGAGACCAACUCCAGGUUGCAGAAGAGCAACCCCUGGUGCAACAGCGUAUUCCGCAGCAGGAUCAACUGGCGCCACCGCGGCAGCAAGGACCUUCACUAUCUCCCCAACAGCAGCAUGGGCCUGAGCUUGUGGAGCAUAAGCAACCUAUACACCGGACAUCACUGCAGGCAGAGUCACAGGAGCAGCAGCAAGUAGUGAAGCAGCAGUGUCUGCAGCAAGUGCCGCCACCGGAUAAAUGCCAAGCUGAAGGGCAGCAGCUACAGCGGCAGCAGCAGCAUGGGCACAAUGAUACGCUUCGAAAGGCACAGAGCAGCGGCGAACAGCAUCCAAUUCCUAGAGCCUUAGACCCCUCAAGGGGACUGUGUAUCGUCCAGCAGCAGCAGUUACAACAACAGCGAGGGCCACAACAGCAAGGACAGCAGCAGAAGCAACAGCGGAUAGAGCAGCAACAGAAUUUUCAAGCGCAGCUGUGUAGUCGUGCUCUCUUCACCCCGCAGCAAACGGAAUCAUUGCAGCAGGGCUUGCUGGUAUUCCAGCAGGAAGCAGCAGCAGCACCUACGCCAGCAGCAGCAGCAGCAGCAAGAGGCAAAGCAACAGUACUGCUUCUGGGAGCAUCAGCGAGGCGUUUAGCGGCUGUCGCACCGCGUCUAGCUGCCGCAUUCUCGCGACGUGCAGCAGACGUUGCUCAGCAUUACGGCAUCGAGGUAGAUCCCAAGGCAAAACAGGGUCUAUGUGCUGGGUGUGGCGUUCCUUUAGUGCCAUUUUUGACAUCAUGCAUAUUUACGCGGUCCCUUCCACGUGGGUCUUUUCGUCGCCGAAUGAAUCAGUGUACAAAAGAGCAUCUGAUGCUGCAGCUUCAGGCAACGGUUCCCGGGGGCCAAGUUCCUCCUUAUGCGGCUGAGGCAGUCAGGCCUCUCGCCGUCUCCUCAUCUAUGGUGGCAGUGUGCAAACUGUGUGGCCACAAAGCCCAAACUCCGAUUGGGCAGCUAAGGAACAAGGGGAAGGCACAACAACAACAGCAGCACUUGAAACAAACCCUGCAGCAGCUCCAGCUGGACAGCGCGGCAAGGGGAUCAAAUUUCAACCGGCAGAAGAAACCUCGAGAGGAGAGAUCUGCUUCACGAUUUUUUGAUCAGCAUCAGCAGCGUCAGCAGCAUCAGCAGCAUCAAACGAUGCAACAGCUGAUGCAUGGACAGUGCCUUGAAGAACAGCAUGAGUUACUCGAAGACCAGGCGCUGCGACAGCAGCAGCAGCCUCAGCGAAUAGAGCAUAACCAGUGUCAGCAACAGCGGUAUAGAUCAGAGCAGUUCCAUUAUGCCAGUCAGCAGCAGCUACGGCAAUCGCGAGAACAGCAAGCGCGGCCCCUGGUUCAUCAAUUGACGCAGAAACAGCUACCAGAGCAGCAGCUGCCAGAGGAGCAGCAACAAAAGCAGCACUUGUCCGGCGAGCAGCAGCAGUGCAGACCGAGCGUGAGGCACGACGCUUUUUCUAAGCCUGGUGCCUGUGAAGCGAGGUCAAAUACACUGUGUGUUGUUGAAUGUACCGUAAUGCAUGCCGCGACACGGGAACCCAGAAGGAUAGCACUGGACGAAGGUAGUAGGGAAAACAAGGAGUCUUCUGGGGGCCCGUUGCCUCAGCCUUCGCAGUAUUCAGCAUUGUCGGGGACCCGCAGCUCACAAGAUAUUACUAAAAAAGAAAAAAAGGAUGGCGUGUUGGGCGUUGCUAGCACCGUCAGUAAAGCUGGGGAAGGAGGGCGAGUUACGAGCGUCUAUGAGGUACUUGCUGACCUUGAUUUUUAA